GGACCGUGGUGAGUAUCCGCGAGCUGCAGAACUCGGUGCGGGACGGCAUCAUCUUGUACCGGGCGCUGCUGGACGAGGUGCGCCACAACAUGGAGGCCGAGAAGACGGCCGUCGCCACGUUCUGCCGCCAGCUGCACGAGACCGUCAGCCAGCUGCAGGAGCGGCUGCUGGCCGAUGUCGAGGGGCAGUACACGCAGAAGACGUCCACCUUCCAGCAGCAGCUGUGUGACCUGUGCGCCCUGCUGCCCGUGCUGCACGUGCACCUCAGCAUGUGCACCACCUUCACGCACUCGGCGAACAAGACCGAGUUCCUGGACCUCAGCUACUCGCUGAUGGCCCGGCUCUCGGACAUCGCUCACAUCGGCGUGCCGCUCAGGCCGAGCCAGACGAGCCAGGUGAAGACCAACUACCGGCGCGAGGUGUACCAGGCGCUGGACCCGCUGCUGUGA